CGGUUGGCCACACUCGAUUCCUCGGAAAGAUGUCCUCAAUUCGCGCUCUUCUACUUGUGGCUGCCACUGCAGUCAUCGGAUCUACUGCUACUGAAGCCGCGGAAAGCUCCAAGUUGCCUGUCUUCUUCUUCCACGGUGCUACCGGCAACAAGACGAACGCUGCUGUGAUCGAGGCCAACUUAACUGCUGAAGGUCGUACCUACGUCGCUCUCGACUUCUGUCAGAAGGCUUGUUCGGUUCGCACCGCCCUCCCAGACCAAGUUCAGAUGGCAAUCAAGCAGCUUCGUGAAAUCAUCUCUAAGGAUACAACCACCUAUGCCAACGGCUAUCAUUUCCUCGCUCACUCGCAAGGCGGUUCGGUUGCGCGUGGUGUAGUCGAAGAAAUGGACGACCACAAUGUGCACUCGCUCAUCAGCCUGGCUGGUGAUGGUAACGGCAAUUACUACGGUCCGCAGGCGUCGGAGGCAAUGCCUCUUCAAAUAAUGCUGCAGGCUCUUGGUCCCUACGCUUUCGAUGCAACAGACUUCAACUUUACCAAGUACGCAGCAGACCCGACCACGUGGAAGGGUAAGUUCCAGCGGGACUUCACUGAGCUGGUGACAACGAACGAGAACCUCCAGGCCAAAAACUCCAUUGUGAACAGCUUCCUCCCUCCGCUUGAGGGUCCUGCUCUCGAGAAUUGGCUCAAAAUCAACCCGUUCCUACCGAAAGUGAACAACCUCGAGAAUUGCGGUGCUGACGCUGUGUGUACGGCUGAGCAAGCCCGACGCAAGGCCAACUUUAUCAAGCUUAAAGCCGCUCACUUCUUUGUGUCACCGCAAGAUGAUAUUCAGUCACCGUGGCAAACUGCCGUUCUUGGCAAGUACACGACGGUCGCUACGCUUGGUGAGGUUGAGACCAAGUUUGCCGACUUUACUAUGGUCGACAUGAAGGACACUGCAGAGUACCAAAAGGAUCUGUACGGGCUGAAGACACUGGACGCUGCUGGCGGCCUGCACCUUCAUGUGGUGCCUGACGUGCCGCACAUUUGCUGGCUGUUCGACUACACCUCGUUGGCGACGAACGUCCUGUGCAAGCAUCAGCCGGUGUACGACGCUGAGCUGUACCCGGUGUUGGUUUAAUCGAAUGAUGAAUUACCCAGGGCUUAGAAUAUUCACGUACGUAUCAAACAUUAUCGAAGUGGUGUGAUGUUGCUCGACUUGCAGACAAUUUUGGUGAUAUCCUUUGGCGCAGAAAUAAUAUAUCGAUACCUAUUCGAUGAUCAGAUAGCAACAGCCAUUCGAUGCCAUUCCCGACGCUACAGUACUCGCGGACACUUACAGUAUUCGUACAACAGCAAAUUACGAAUCUUAGGUGGCCAGGA